GCCCACCUCAAAAAUGGCCGCCCCCGCUAUAGCGAGUGGAGGAGCUGCCCACAACCAAGAUGGCCGCGGCACUUCACUGGCGACUGGUUCUCGGAGGCGCCAAUCCCGACUCCAAGAUGGCGGAGCGCCGUCGGCGUGAGGUGAGGUUUGUCUGCGUCACGUGACAGGCAGGACGGGGGUGUGUGUAUCCCCGUCGUGUGUCCCGGCGGAAGAGUGAAGGGAGUCGGCUGAAAGGUCGCAGCUGGAGGGAAAGGGAAAACAAAGCGGCGCGGCCUAGCGCUGGAGAACCGGAGACACGCCAGUCACCACGGAUACAGCCGGAGCCAACGCGGCGGCCGGGGCGCAGCCACCCUCGCUGCCUCCGCCGCCUCCUCCGCCGAGGAUGUCGCGUAGGAAGAGGAAUGCAGGCAGCAGUUCUGACGGAACCGAAGACUCCGAUUUCUCCACGGACCCAGAGCACACAGACAGUUCAGAAAGUGACGGGACGCCACGCCAGUCUGCGCGUGUGACUCGCUCUUCCGCCAGGCUCAGUCAGAGCUCCCAAGAUUCCAGCCCGGUUCGCAACCCACCAUCGUUUGGAGCAGAGGAACCUGUUUAUUCCACUCGGAGGGUAACCCGUAGCCAGCAGCAGCCCACACCCGUGACUCCCAAGAAAUAUCCCCUUCGACAGACCCGCUCGUCAGGAUCUGAAACGGAGCAAGUGGUUGACUUUUCAGAUCGAGACACUAAAAACGCCGCUGACCAUGACGAGUCCCCACCCCGCACGCCGACUGGGAACGCCCCGUCUUCCGAGUCCGACAUUGACAUCUCCAGUCCCAACAUGUCUCACGAUGAGAGUAUCGCCAAGGAUAUGUCCAUGAAGGAUUCGGGGAGUGACCUGUCCCAUCGUCCCAAACGCCGCCGAUUCCACGAGAGCUACAACUUCAACAUGAAAUGCCCCACGCCCGGCUGCAAUUCAUUAGGACACCUGACGGGAAAACACGAGCGGCAUUUCUCCAUAUCUGGAUGCCCACUGUAUCAUAACCUUUCAGCUGACGAAUGCAAGGUGAGAGCGCAGAGCCGCGAUAAACAAGUCGAGGACAGAAUGCUGUCUCACCGACAAGAUGAUAACAACAGGCAUGCUACCAGACAUCAGGCACCAACUGAAAGACAGCUAAGGUACAAAGAGAAAGUAGCGGAGAUGAGGAAGAAGAGGAAUGUUGGGCUGACUAAGGAGCAGAAGGAAAAGUACAUGGAGCACCGGCAAACCUACGGCAACACCAGAGAGCCCCUUCUAGAGAAUCUGACCAGUGAGUACGACCUCGAGUUAUUCCGGCGAGCGCAAGCAAGAGCCUCUGAGGAUCUGGUAAGAGGACUGGGCUGGGAAAAGCUGCGACUUCAGGGCCAGAUCACAGAAGGAAGCAACAUGAUCAAGACGAUUGCUUUUGGCCGCUAUGAGCUGGACACCUGGUACCAUUCUCCCUACCCAGAGGAGUAUGCGCGACUGGGGCGCCUCUACAUGUGCGAGUUCUGCCUCAAAUACAUGAAGAGCCAGACGAUACUACGCAGGCACAUGGCGAAAUGUGUCUGGAAGCAUCCUCCGGGUGACGAAAUUUACCGCAAAGGCUCCAUUUCGGUGUUUGAAGUCGAUGGGAAAAAGAACAAGAUAUACUGCCAGAACCUCUGCCUUCUGGCAAAGCUCUUUUUGGACCACAAGACCCUGUAUUACGAUGUGGAGCCCUUCCUCUUCUACGUCAUGACGGAAGCCGACAACACCGGCUGUCACCUGAUAGGCUAUUUCUCCAAGGAGAAGAACUCAUUCCUCAACUACAACGUUUCCUGUAUCCUGACGAUGCCUCAGUACAUGAGGCAGGGUUACGGCAAAAUGCUCAUCGACUUCAGCUAUUUACUCUCCAAAGUGGAAGAAAAGGUUGGCUCCCCAGAAAGGCCCCUCUCAGACCUGGGCCUUAUUAGCUACCGUAGUUACUGGAAGGAAGUUCUUCUCCGCUAUCUGCAUAACUUUCAAGGCAAAGAGAUAUCCAUUAAAGAAAUCAGCCAGGAGACAGCCGUCAACCCUGUUGACAUUGUUAGCACUCUGCAAGCGCUUCAGAUGCUCAAGUAUUGGAAGGGCAAACACCUAGUCUUAAAGAGGCAGGAUCUUAUCGAUGAAUGGAUAGCCAAAGAGGCCAAGCGGUCUAACAGCAAUAAAAGCAUGGAUCCCAGCUGUUUGAAAUGGACCCCUCCUAAGGGCACUUAAUUGGACCAACCUCUCUGAGAAGUGUGGACACCUCCUUGCCGCCGACCACCACCACCACCACCAUAACCCCCUUUCCUUUUCCAGCAUUAGGAACUGCCUUUGGGAUCGCAGAUUUGUGACUCGCUGUUGGUACCAACCCUCCCCGCCCCUCUUUCACAUGCCUUCAGGAUGUUUCUCUUCUCCCCGGGACCGUUUUGACCCAGGUCCUCCUUCCGCACGGCAAAGUCGGGAAGAUCAGAACGGAUACAGUGUUAAUGUGGCCCCGGGAAGGGGCAGUAAGAUCUUCCAGCGCACCGUUGCAACUUGCCGCUCCGUGAACCACAAGGCCCUAGUCCAUAAGAUGGUGUCGUAACUCGUAAUUUCUUAGUUGUUUCAGCCUCCUGCUUCCAUGCAGCCUUGAAGGGCGUGGUCGGCACCUGCUGUGAGGUGGUAAAGGUCCUGCACGAUACAGCGGGCUGUACUGUUCCAGAUUGCAAGUGUGGGGCACCGUGAUUCCCCAUGCAAAGAAUUCCCUUUCAGUAGAAAACCAGCAGUGACAGGGAUAAAGAUUCUAGCCAGCUCUGUAUCUCCUGUCCUAGUUUUCUACUCGCAGGUGUUUUUUUUUUUUUAUAAAUACAAAGGAGAGCAUUCAAAAUCAAUUAUCUCCCAUCAGUCAUGUGAAAUUUUGGUCCAGUCCAUUCUACCCCACAUUCCCACCCACCCCCUCUCUUAUUCUGCUGCACGUUUGGAUCCAGCCUAAAGGUGGGUUUGCGGGACCACCCCACCCCAUGUCAUGCUGCAAGUGGAAAUGAUCUGACACCCCCGUAGGCUCCUUCGAGACCAUCAAUUUCUCAUACCCGUUUGCAGGUCUGAGCGCUGACUGGAUAUUUCACAGCAGCAAGCGUGUGCAAACAGCAGUUAUUUCUUCCUUCCCAGCAGGCCAGGAAAUCUCCAGGAGGCUCUGAUUGAAUGUGGGGACGCCCUUUGGCUGCUCUCCCUUCCCUUGAAAAGUUUGAACGUUAAGGCCGGGCUGCUAUCUCUGUGGGCCGCACAGCUGAGUCCCCGGUGGGGGAAAGCGGCUUAACGG